ACAGAGUCCGGGAAAAGAAAGCUUUGGAGAAAUCGAAAGUAGCUGGAGGGGAAGCGCUCGCUGAGCCCACACCGGCAGGAAACCCUGAGGAGACCCUCGCUGUUCACCCACCAUGAACCAGAACGCCCAGCGCUUCUUCACUGGCCCCCGCGCCGGAGUCCUGCCACCCUAUGAGAUGAUCAAGGAGGAGCACGAGGUGGCCGUGCUGGGGGGGCCCCAGGGCUCAGGAGCCGUGACAACCACCGUGGUCAACAUGCAGCCGGAGACCGUCGUGCCCGACCACAUCGUCUGGUCCCUGUUCAACACGCUCUUCUUCAACACCUGCUGCCUGGGCUUCGUGGCGUUCGCCUACUCCGUGAAGUCCAGGGACCGGAGGAUGGUCGGCGACGUGGUUGGGGCCCAGAGCUACGCGUCCACCGCCAAGUGCCUGAACAUCUGGGCCCUGGUCUUGGGCCUCCUUGGGACCAUAGGGUGCAUCGCGGUUCUGGUGUUGCUGUUGCCAGGCGUCCUCAGCGCAAUAGCGCAGGCCGCGCAGGCCCACGGAGGCCUGUAGUGGCUGCCCACGGCCGGCGGACCACGUCUCCCCUCCCGCUCCUGGCGCUGCCCCCACGCCCACCCCUUCCUACAGCACUUUGUCCCUGCCCCCUGCCCGCCGCC